CUACCAGGAAACGUGACGCUUAAGUGGCCCUUGUUCACCUCCCUUUGCCCCAGUGUUGUGUUGCAGUAGCUGCGUGUGUGCUGCUGUCCGCUCCUGGGAUUGUCCCCAUCACUCUGUUAUUAUGGGAUGUGGAUCAUGAGCGACGAGAGGAUUCCUGACACGGAAUGACCGCAGUGAUUGACGCGGCCACGCCAUGGAGAUCCAGAAGAGGUUUUCUUCGUGUUGGCAGAGUUUUCUGGCAUGUUUUAAAAAGCCCAACCAGCCCGGAGAUGAGCCCAGGCGCGGGGACAAAACGGACAUAGUUUUUGUUAAUCCCGUUCCCGAUGAUAAAACCACAAAUGUGGACUUCAUUUCAAAGAGAGCUUUACCGGCAGUGCCUCCCCCGGAGAAAGCAGCAGCGGGGCUUUAUAUCGCCCAGUAUGACUACUCGGCCCGCACCGAGCAGGACCUGAGCUUUAACGCCGGGGACACGUUAGAGGCUCUGGAUAAAAGUCCCGGGGAAUGGUGGUUUGCGAGAGCCCUCACCGGGGUCUCGGCCACCAAACAGGGAUACAUCCCGGCCAAUUAUGUGGCACCUGUGGAGAGUAUUGACGCAGAACCAUGGUAUUUCCCCGACACCAAGAGGCUGGACGCAGAGAAGCUGCUGUUGGCUGGAGGGAACCAGCAGGGCGCCUUCCUCAUCCGAAACUGUGAAAGUCAGACAGGGGAGCGCUCGCUCUCAGUGCUGGACAAUGGGAAGGUGAAGCAUUACAAGCUGAAAAAACUGGAGAAUGGUCACUACUAUGUGUCGAGGAUCAGAUCCUUUGCAACACUGGAGGAGUUGGUGGAACAUUACUCCAAAAUGGCCGAUGGCCUCUGUGUUCGUCUGGGGGAACCAUGCAAAAAGAUGGAGGCUCCACAGACUCAUGGCCUGUCCUACAACACUGUGGACCAAUGGGAGAUUGACCGCAACUCCAUCAAAUUGCUGAGGAAACUCGGAGCCGGUCAAUUUGGAGAAGUGUUCGAGGGCCUGUGGAACGAAACCACAGCAGUCGCAGUGAAGACCCUCAAACCUGGUACCAUGGACACUGAGGACUUCCUGAGGGAGGCUCAGAUCAUGAAGAGGCUGCGGCAUGCCAAGCUGAUCCAGCUGUAUGCCGUGUGCACCAUGGAGGAGCCCAUCUACAUCAUCACAGAGCUGAUGAAGAAUGGCAGCCUGCUGGAGUACCUACAAAAGGAUAAGGGCGCCACGCUGCGGAUCUCUGACCAGAUCGAGAUGGCGGCCCAGGUGGCGUCGGGCAUGGCUUUCCUGGAGCUGCAGAACUACAUCCACAGAGACCUGGCCGCCAGGAACGUCCUGGUGGGAGAGAACAACAUCUGCAAGGUGGCGGACUUCGGCCUCGCCAGGGUCUUCAUGAAAGAGAAUGAAAAUGUGUAUGAAGCCCGAGAGGGAACAAAAUUCCCUGUGAAGUGGACCGCUCUAGAGGCCAUCCACGAAAACAAGUUCAGCAUCAAAUCGGACGUUUGGUCUUUUGGAAUUUUGCUGUAUGAGAUCAUGACGUUUGGACAGAUGCCUUACCCAGCCAUGACGAACUACCAGGUGGUGCAGAAGCUUCCCCAUGGCUACAGGAUGCCGUGCCCCGCCAACUGCCCCAAAGUCAUGCACGACAUCAUGAUGGACUGCUGGAAGGAGAACGAGCAGGACCGGCCCACGUUCGAGACCCUGCAGUGGAAGCUGGAGGACUACUUCGACCUGGACGUCACCUCCUACGACGACGCUGGCCGCUACUAGCACAGCGAUCAGGCUGCUACACGUGCAAAGAAAAGACGCAAAAAACAAAGCUAUUCUUUCUGCACAGAUGUGAAAUCCAAAUCACCUGAAUCCAAACCUAAACCUACAUAGAUGAAUGAUCAAACGGAUUCAAAUGUAAUU